AUGGCAGAUGGGUUUAUUAUUUAUGGAAGAUAUUUGGAAAGGGAUGUUUUGAAUGAAAUUGCAUUGAGAACUGGUCAUUGCUUUACUGUUUAUAAUAUGGAUGAUUUGACAGAUGUGUCACAACUCAAAAUUGAUAUGGAUUUACAAAAUGUGAAUGGAUUGAAUGAUUCCCAAGUAGUAUUUGAGUAUUUAGAGAAUGCCAAUUAUCAUAAUUUUGAAUCUACUUUGAAUGAAUAUUCAUCUUUUUUUGAUAGACACGAAAUAGAAAGUUCAAGUUUUCUUACCAAAGUUUCACAAGUUUAUUCAUAUGAAGAUAGAACAUGUCCUUCAUACUUUGGAGUUUCAAAUCCAUCUACAUCAUCUGUUGGAACAAGAUUAGUUAACUUUCUCUUAUUCAGAGAUUUUAAAAACAAGGCAGUAAUGGUUGUGAGAAUUGAUGAUGAGCGAAGGAAUGAAUCGAUAAUUAUUGGAGGAUCCGCUUCAAUCUAUGUCUUCUUUGCACUUCUUUCCACAAUCUUGAGUUUAGCAUUGCAGGGAUUUUUUGAAAUUGGUAUUAUUCUAAGGGUUUCAUCCAUCCAAAAAAUAAUUAAGAAAGUCACACAAGACAAUGACCCAACACUAAGAAUACCCCCUCCAAAACACCAACUCCACGAAAAAGAUGAAAUUGGACAAUUAGAAAUCAACCUAAACGAAAUGCUUCGAGCAUUAGAAUUGGUGCAACACAAACUCUCAAAAGAUAACGAAAUGAUGAAAACAAUUUUGGAGAGAAUUACUGUAGAGGGAGAGAAAUGUAAGGCAGUGAUGAAUAGUAUUCAGGAUUUUAUAUUUAUUGUGGAGUGUGAGAGUGGAAAGUUGAUUAGUUCGAAUGAAACAUUUGAAAGAAAGGUUUCCAAUGGUUCAAAAAAUGUUUUGUGA